UGUGUAAUUAUUGAGGAAUUUUCGAAACCAUCAACAAUGGAAAGUGAAGUUGGCAUUGACAGAACUUCGAUAUGGCGACGUUAUAGUUUUAUUGAAUUACCUGUUUUUUUAUGCGUUUGUGCUGGUGGAAUGACAGCAACUGUGUUCGCUGAUCUGAUCCUCUACCAAACGUGUCGUCUGACACUGGGCGAGUCCCAUUAUGACACGUGCGAUAUACUUCACACCAACAGCAGUAGUCAAGCUGCAAUGGACUUGGAGAAGUUGAUUCAACCUCGAGCAAGUUACAUUCUCCUCAGUAAAUCCCUCAUCGAGGGAAUACUUCCAGCCUUUUUGUCCCUCUUCCUGGGCCCCUGGAGCGACAAACACGGGAGGAAACCCAUUUUAAUUGCAGCUUUUACAGCCCCUUUCCUGACAUUCAUCAUUCUCACGGGAUUGACCAUGUGGAACUUGAAUCCCUGGACUUACCUGAUCGCCUCGAUUCCUCGUGCCUUGCUGGGGGGAUUUUGCCUAUUAAUGCUAUCAACUUUCUGCUAUAUCUCAGACAUCACGAAUAGUGAGAACAGAGCCUGGCGUUUGGCGUGCUUCGAAAAUGCUCUGACUGGGGGCCUCGUCGUCGGGACCUUUGCGGGUCCCCUCGUCUUCCAGAAGUUUGGGUACACAGCGUUAUUCAUCACUGCAGCCUCGAUAUCUGGAUUAGCACUGCUCGAUAUCAUUUUUAUGAUCCCCGAAAGUGUUAAAAAUCCCUCGGCACAUGAAAGGUGGACGAGUCCUUUUGACUUCACCCUCGUCGAGGAAUUGUUCCGAACAGCAACGAAAACCAGACCUGGAUUGGACCGAUGCACUCUCUGGACUUGUCUACUAAUUCUAUCUCUCUACGUUGUCUCCAUCAGUGGAGAACAGAACAUGGGAUUUUUAUUCGCCAGCGCCAGGUUGGGGUGGGAUGUCGUACAUUACUCACGAUUCAUGGCCAUGGGCACUAUUCUUGUUAUUGCUGGAAAUUCCCUAGGAAUUAAAUUCUUCCGGUGGAUCGGAUUUUCAGAGCUGUCAUUAGGAGUUCUUGGAGCUAUGUCAUCGUUCUGUGGAUCAAUGGCCGUAUCAUUCACGUUCACAGCAUGGCAUAUGUAUUUAGGAAGCACCGUUGCAGUAUUCAGUGGCCUCCUGUCCCCGGCCAUGCGUUCAGUUCUCUCGAAAUCUGUACCUCCAGCAGAUGUUGGUAAAGUAUUCUCAUUGGCAACCUCCAUAGACUCCACUCUGCCUCUUGCCACGAACCCUCUGUACACUCUGCUUUACUCCAACUAUAUGCCGCCCUACUACCCUUCCCCUGUAUAUUUACUAUCCGGUACGAUAUUUGCCUGCAUUCUUUCGCUGAUCGUUGUUAUCGAUAGACAUCAGACGAAAGCUGCCAACGCUUCCGUUUAUAGGUCUCUUGUGGAGGAAAACUGACGUUAAUUGCUCAAUUAGAAGAAAGACACAAAUUGGCCGUUGGGCAAUAGUACAAUUCCCUGCGUUAUUUAAGUACUAUUUUUAAAAAUUAAGGAAGGCCUUAAUUAUUCUUAUACAAUUUAACAUAGAGUACAAAAUUAUAAAGUUGCUAAGGAAUUGAUAGAACAAGGAAUUAGGACUUGAUCGUCAUAAUGAAUAAUUUCAGAUAAAUAGUUAAGGAAGAUAAACAAUUUAUAGAAUAAUUUUGAAAUAAUUCAUUAUGGAGAGAAUACUACAGUAUGUACUAACGACUUAGUCCAUUGUGAUAAAUUUUGUGAUCUGGAAAACAAAUUAGACGUUAAGAAAGUGAUUGAUAUCUUUAUAAAUUCAAGUCUUCGGUAUUUUUACAAUAAAAAAAUUUUUUUGGAAUUGAAGGA